UCUACAGUGGCCUUCUCGCCAACACCAGCACGCUCGGUUGCGUCAUGAAGUUUCUGAAAUGACACUUGGGGAUAUUUUUGUCAGCACCAUGUAGCUGUUUUUGUCUAGAAAGAUACUGGUCUAGUUGCAGUGAUGAGGCGAGGAGAUCCUCUCCCUCGAGCCUUUCAGGCUCCAGUGGAUGUACAUGCCAGUGCGGAUGGCCAAGUGUACAUGUUCAGACACAGACAAGAAGAACCAGAAGUGUCAUCUGAGGAUGAGGAACUCAGUGUCAUGGAGCUCCGGCCGCGAAGCAGAGACUCAUCCUCACAGGAGAGAGAACGAGUGGGAGAAAUGCUUUUGUUGGAACGGGACGUCUCACAUGAGGACAAUCUCAACAAACUGGCCCUUCAAUAUGGAUGCAAGGUGGCUGACAUAAAAAAGGUGAACAACCUUUUUCAAGAGCAGGACAUGUAUGCACUGAAGUCCAUCAAAAUCCCUGUAAAGAAGCAUGGCUUGCUAACCGAGGCCAACUCUGAGCUCAGGAACCCCCAGCAAAGACCCUCCAAUGAUGUGGCAUCAUCAGACAGCGCUGAAGCAAACGUCUCGGGAAGACCUCAGGUGCAGGAGUACACCAAUUACCUAAAAGAGGUGGACAGUGACAUUGAGCGUCUGAUCCAAAGCACAGACCCCUCAGAAGAGGGAUUUUCCAGCGGUUCCAGGGUAUCCGAACGAUGGGGGUGGAGAAGCCAGCGUUUGCGCAGCUACGGUGCAGACUGGGGGAUCCAGUGGUGGAACGCUGUAAUUGCCAUGUUGCUCAUUGGCAUUGUCCUGCCAAUAUUCUAUGUGGUAUAUUUUAAAACUCAAGAUAAUGGUGAAUCAGUAGUGAACAAUAGAGUGAACAACAUCACUGUGCCUACCUCAAACAUUACUGGGUGAGCGUCAGCUCAUUGGACCUCGGGAAUAUAAUAGAAAAUCACCUUGAAAAAAGUAUAACACUUGAAAAUUUGAAAUUUGGUUUGAUGCCUACAAUUUUCUUUGGUACUUUAAUAAACUUAGUAUUACUAGUUCACAUUAUUAUGGUACAUUCAUUUAAGUGGAUAGAUCAUCCAAAAUAAAAAAGGUAACAUUUGGGUUCAAAAGACUUGUAAUACGACACACCCAAUCCCAAUUUAUUUUGCAUGAAAAGGAUCACAUUAUUUAACAUUUGUGUUCCAGAGAAAAAGAAAGCAACAUGAAUAUGGAGAGACGUGCGGGUGGGUAAAUGAUAACACAAGUUUUUUUGGUGAACUAUCACUUUAAUUUAAUUUGCAUAGUGAAGGUACAUAAAGAGACAAUUCAACAAAUGAGAAUAUGAGUUUGCAUUACAAACUGGGCGUUGCAUCUGCUUACACUCCACACUCAGAUUGUUGAAACUGUUGUUAUCGGUUUUAUGGGUGCUAUUAUUUAACAGAAUUAUGAAAUGGUUAUAACAGUUUUUCUUUGCGGAGAAAAACAAAACAAAAAAACAAUACAAAAAAAGUCAUAAUGAAACAGCUUUUCUCAUCAAACUGAUCAUGUUUUUGUGGUCCUGUCUUUGCAAUAGUUUCACCAAGCGUUGAUAUGCAAUUACAGAAAAAUGCAAAGAAGGAAAAGCAAAAAAGUACUUUAUAAAAUUGGGUUUGAUGUUUUGCAAUUUUAUACCUGUUUGUAGGAAUGGUAUUUCGUGCUAACUCAAAUUUGUAUCCAUUUCUUUGUUUUGAUUUUGAACACUACUGCCACAUGGUUGUUUCGAUGUGGAAAGGCACUACAGUGCCUGCAGUGCCAAAUAAUGAACUUGUAUUAAAUAACUGUUUGUUCAGUCAUUAGAAGUGCAAUAAAGACAUUUCAGACAGGAAGGGCUAAACUCGUGCAGAUGGACAUAUUUUGACCUUUGGAUUGUGAUAUUAAAACAUAUCUUUUGA